AUGAACAAUUUCGUCCUUGAACAAACAAUCACAGCCCCAUUUGCCAACUCGCCGCUGACGGCCUAUUUCCGUCGCUGCUCUUGGUCGCCGGAUGGGAUGCACAUUGCAGCUGCAAAUGCUGUGAACGGUCCUGUCAGCUCUGUCGCCAUCAUCAAUCGUGGAUCGUGGGAUGGUGAUAUCAAUCUGAUCGGACACGAGGCACCAGUAGAAGUCUGCUCGUUCUCUCCACGCCUGUACGCAACCGAGCCUCCCAAUAAGAAGCAAGCUGAUGGGCAGCCUGUACCCCAACACCACAUUACGGUCAUUGCCUGCGCCGGUGGGGACAAAUCCUUGAGUAUCUGGAUCACGAGUAAUGCUCGACCGAUCGUGGUUGCGCAGGAGAUGGCUGCCAAGGCUAUCUCAGAUUUGGCGUGGACUCCUGACGGGAAGUGUCUAUUUGCCACUGCUCUGGAUGGCACAAUCCUGGCAGUCCGGUUUGAAGACGGGGAACUAGGAUGGGCCACAGAGAUGGAGGAGAACGAGAAGUCACUCACAAAAUUCGGCACUAAUCGAAGGGGUGCCGGCAUCACGGAAACAACGGACAGCUUGCUGCUGGAGGAAAAGAGCAAGGCUGGUGAGAUCAAGCACGUAGAAGGAAGAAUGGGUGCACUGAUGGGCGACGGCGCCGAGCCCAAGGCGAACGGAGAGAAGGCACCACAGCCAUCAAAUGGGGCAACACCUGCUCGAGUUUCUCCACCAGCUCCUGACACACCCAAAACACAAGCAAACGGAACUCCUACCACGCCUGCCAUCCCAGAAGCCGAGAAACCCGAUCCUUACAAAGCCAAGCUGGAAAGACUGAAGCAGCGCCCCACGUACACAAAGGAGGGGAAAAAGCGUAUCGCACCACUGCUUGUUUCCGGAGCUGGAGCUGGAGAGUCCUCUCUCCCACAAUCCCGCCUGAUGCAGUCCAUCAGCAGCCAGGUCAAGGCUGACGCUCCCACCACCAUCCUUGAUUUGUCAAAACCAUUCGAUGGCCUGCCGAAGGGUGGCUUGACUGCUCUUCUUCUUGGAAAUAAACGCAAGCUGGCCCAGAUCGAGGGUGACGAAGACGGCAGCGUUGAAAGACGUGUGGCACUUGCCAGCCAGAACGGUGCCACCCCCAUCAUGGCCAACACCCCCGACGGCCUCCUGCCAGCCCAAGUUCAACCCGCCACGGUUGGCCAACUGCCGACUCCGGAGUUCAUUCGUCCUGCGGUGAUAAAUCCUUGCAUGAGCAUCAGCCCACUCCGUCUAGCAGUCCCCAAAAUCCGCACCCACAUCGUUCGCGCGUUGGACGCAGCUGGCAAGCCGACUGAACUACCUGCCCCUGGCGCCGACUCAACCUCUCCGAAAAGUCGCGUGGACGUCAUUUUCGAAGCUCGAAACCCUUCAGCAGCAAGCUUGACUGGUCGCGCUGGGGACCGGGAGCCGGUACGUCUGACUUUGUUCCGCGGAGACCAGCCUUUGUGGCAGGAUUUCUUGCCGCGGAAUGUUCUUCUUGUGACUGGUAAUCAAUGCAUCUGGGCAGCUGCCUGCGAGGAUGGAUCAAUCUACCUUUGGACCCCGGCCGGCCGUCGUCUCGUCAGUGCGCUUGUUCUCGAGGCACAGCCUGUUAUCUUGGAGUGCAACGGACCGUGGCUCCUGUGCAUCAACUCUGUGGGCAUGUGCUAUAGGGCAGAAUCGUCGUUUCGCUGUCCAACGGCGAAGGAUACUCCUACUCCCCCUGCUAUGUUCACGUGGCAGCGUGUUUCGGAAUCCUGGUGGGCUGUCGGUAGCCAGUACUGGAAUACCACAGAUGCCCCAGUGAGCAACUUGCAAGCCAAGGAUGCCCAACAGGAUAACAAGGAUGCCAAAGCGGCCGUCGCAGCCGGCAUCAUUCCAUGGUUGGAACGAAACACCACAAAUGAGUUCCUCCUUCGUGGCAGAGCAUACUUCCUCCAGCGUCUUAUCAAGGUUCUGUUAUCACGCGAAGGAUAUGAGACGUUCGAGUCCACUGUUUCUAUCGCUCAUCUCGAGAACCGUCUUGCCGCUGCUUUGUCUCUGGGCGCCAAGGAAGAGUUCCGGUUGUACCUAAACAUGUACGCCAAGCGCAUCGGUGCCGAGGGCUUGAAGCUCAAGGUUGAGGAGCUGUUGAAGAGUCUAAUUGGCGGUCUGUUCGAGGACGAGGAUGAUGUCAGCGAGGCAGUCUCGAAAUUGCAGGCCAACGAGCGCGAGGGUCGUAAUUGGCGUGAAGGAUCCGAUGAUCUGUGUGGCUGGCCACGGGAGACCUUGCUGAAGGAGGUUAUCCUUGCACUUGGUAAACAUCGGGACCUGCAACGGGUGACCGUGCCUUAUGCCAAGCUGUUGGACAUGGUCGACGCUGUCUCCGAACAGGGCGACGCAAUGGACCUCUAA